UUUUUUAGCCAACUUUUGGUAAUUUAAGCAAGUUCACAAAACAUUUUGACAAAUGCAAUAAAAAACAUUCCAACAGCAUCAAAAUGUUUUUGAAUAAUUGUUACAUUCGUGCACUUGUGAAAACUGACAAUGAGUACUUUAUUUUUUUCAAGCGUCUUUUUUGGCCGAAACAUUCGCUAAAACUUAAGGCACUAGUUGUAGCAUCAGUUUUGUGUGUCGGUUUAGGGCUCAUUGUCAAUUUGUACGUCCCGAUUUAUACUCAAAUAAUUGUCGAUUUAUUGUUGAGAACAAGAUCAGAAGAAAAGGACGUAAAAACAUCAAUAUUCAACACACUGUGCAUUUUUAUGGUGCUGAAGGUGCUUCAAGGCGUUGGCACGCUUAGUUUGCUCAACGUACUGCAAGAUUUCCUGUGGAUACAAUUAGAACAAAAUGCUCGCAAAACAGUGCAAGUUAAAUUUUUCUCACAUCUUCACAAGCUGAGCAUGGAGUGGCAGGUAUCUAACAAAACUGGAGACAUCUUGGGUGCACUGGAGCGUGGUUCGGAAGCAGUGACGUCCAUCAUGGAACGUGUCCUUUACUCGAUUGUUCCAACCAUUGCCAACCUUAGUAUUGCGAUAAUAUAUUUGUCCAUCCGAUUUAAUGGAGCCAUCGGACUCACCGUGCUCUGUCAGACAAUUUGCUAUGUGUGGACUACUCUAAAAUUUACAGAGUGGAGAUCGCGAUAUCAGAAAUGCUUGAAUAGAGCUGAAGACGAACAGAAGCAGCAAGCCAUGGAAUCACUGCUUAAUUUUGAAACGGUGAAACUAUUUUGUAACGAAGGAUACGAAACGGAAAAGUACGCCCAAAAGAUUGACAGAUUUAACAAACACCAAUUCUUUGUCCUGGCCUCGCUGAAUUUACUCCAACUUUUGCAAAUAGUCAUUGUUAACCUGGGUCUCUUGAUUGGCUCAAUAAUUUCCCUGUCGUUAAUUGUAAAUGACUCUACUCUGGCAGUGGGAGAUUAUGUGCUAUUUACUUCCUACAUGGCCCAGCUCAUCCUACCAUUAAACUAUCUGGGAUCACAUUACAGAACAUUGCGCAUUGACCUGACCAAUGUGGACCAUAUGAUGAAUAUCUUGAGACAAAAGCCAGAUGAGUGGACAAGUUCAACCACAGAGACCACAAAUAACAAUGAAAUUUCUAGUGGUCAAAUAGAUUUCAGGGAAGUUUGUUUCAGUCACAAUGAAAAUAAGCCGGUACUUCAAGGCUUAUCAUUCUCAAUUCCAGCAAAGAAGACAAUUGCUCUAGUUGGAGAAUCUGGAGCAGGGAAGACAACAAUUGUACGAUUACUGACUAAGAUCAUCGCAUCAUACUCUGGAGAUAUUUUAAUUGAUGGGCAAAGCCUAAAAGCAUGCAAUGCUUCCUCUCUACGGAAAUUGAUUGGGGUCGUACCGCAGGAUACCGUUCUUUUCCACGAUACGAUCAGAAAUAACAUAAGAUAUGCCAAGUUGGAUUCAUCCGACACGGAGAUUGUUUUGGCCGCCCAGUUUGCCCAGAUUCAUGAUAAAAUUAUGAAACUUCCUCAAAAAUAUGACACAAUGGUGGGUGAGCGAGGGCUGAAAUUGAGUGGUGGGGAAAAGCAGAGGAUAUCAAUUGCAAGAAUGUAUCUGAAAAAUUGUCCAAUAAUUAUUCUUGAUGAGGCCAGUUCAAAUUUGGACGUUAAAAUAGAAGCGGAUAUCAUGACGUCGUUUGCAAAGCUGUGCAGAAACAGAACAUCUCUGAUUGUUACGCAUCGACUUCAAAGUUUGCUCCAUGUCGACGAAAUAUUAGUGUUAAAAAAUGGAGCCAUCGUUGAGUCAGGCACUCAUUCGCAACUUAUGACUAAUUUGGAAGGAGAAUAUUAUGGAAUGUGGCAACAACAGCACAGAGAGAGGACAGAAAUGAAGUGAGAACGUCCUCACAGAGGAUUUUGUACAAAUAUAUAUUGUAUAAAAAAUAUACUGAUUUAAUAAAAUGUGACACUUCUAACUA